GAUGCAUACACCAUUCAUCGGGUGCAAUUGAUACUUGGACGUGGCAUACAAGUUUCAUAUGAUAAUCGUUGUUCUCUCAUAAGGCAGCGCAUUCAUCUUUCGUAACAUCCUCAAUCACCAUGUCCGACAUUAAAGUUGACGGCUUCAAGGCCUCAGACACCUUCGUUGAGCUUCACAGUGCAUUCGACAGUUUCACCGAUGCACAGAAGCAAGCACAAGUAAAGAAAACCAAGGGCAUCUUCGAGCUCCGAAUAACGAACAACGACAAGAAGGAGGCCGUCUGGACCAUUGAUCUGAAAAAGAAUGGUGCCAUUCUCAAGGGACUCGCCUCACCCAAAGCGGAUGUCACACUCAUCAUGUCGGAUGACACGUUCUCACAGCUUGCUUCUGGCAAGCUGGACGGCCAGAAAGCUUUCCUCACUGGAAAGCUGAAAGCCAAGGGCAACAUCAUGUUAGCCACGAAACUCGCCGCCGUCCUUCAGUUGACCAAGCUCCAGUCAAAACUCUAGAGCUGUGUCCAUUGCUCAUACUUGUAUUUUUGGAAAAUGGAGAUCAUCCUUCCGCACUGCAAU